UUUUCAACCCAAUCCACCUCAACUCGCCCAAAUCACAUACCCAAUCUCUCUCUCUCUCUCUCUCUCUCUCCAAUCGACGAGAAGCACAGUUCUCAGGGACACCGAGAUGGCAUUACAAGAAAAGUUAGAUAAAUUCAAGAAGCAGCAAGAGAAGUGCCAGUCAACCCUCACGAGCAUUGCAGCAGCUAAUAAGUCCACAAUUCAGAAAUCCACACCUGUAGCUGCAGCACUGUCAGCCAAUGCAAGAACCCCUGCUCCUGCCGUUAAAUUUUCAAAUGAUACAGAGAGACUUCAACACAUCAACAGCAUUCGGAAAGCCCCUGUAGGAGCUCAGAUCAAGCGUGUUAUAGAUCUACUACUGGAGACAAGGCAAGCCUUCACACCGGAGCAAAUAAAUGAAUCAUGUUAUGUUGAUGCGAAUGCCAACAAAGCUGUCUUUGACAGUUUGAGGAAUAACCCGAAAGUGCACUAUGAUGGGAAGCGUUUCUCUUACAAGUCUAAGUAUGAUCUAAAGGAAAAGAAUCAGCUUCUUUACUUAAUAAGGAAAAAACCAGAGGGGAUUGCUGUCAUUGAUCUUAAGGAUGCAUACCCAACUGUGAUGGAUGACUUGCAGGUUUUGAAAGCUGCGGGUCUGAUUUGGCUCCUAUCAAACUUUGAUUCCCAAGAAGACAUUGCGUAUCCAAAUGACCCCAGGGUGCCCAUUAUGGUGGAUGAUGACCUUAAACAGCUGUUUCGUGGAAUUGAACUGCCUCGUGAUAUGAUUGACAUUGAGAGGGAUCUCCAGAAGAACGGGAUGAAGCCUGCUACCAACACUGCUCAGAGGAGGGCCAGAUCAGAGGUUCAAGGCAUUUCCUCCAAGCCCAAGCCAAAGAAAAAGAAGCAUGAGAUCACCAAGAGGACAAAGCUUACAAACGCCCAUCUUCCAGAGCUUUUCCGGAACCUAGGCACUAAUAAUUCUUGAAGUUUCCGAUGAGCCAUUGGUGAACCAUACACAGAUGUAACUUGCUGUUGUGCUACUUGCAUCGGUUUUGUAGAUAUGUAGUGUUCUAGUAGUUCUAAACCCAAAUUGAUUCUUGGGUCUUUGCCACUCUUGAUACUAAUGGCAGACAUGGGCAGGACGUCGGCGGGAAAGCUUCCGAACACUUGUUGGGAAGCGGCCCAUCAGACUACGUGGUGUGAUCUUGUAUCAUCAGUUGAUUUGUAAUGGAAAAGCCUAUUUGGUCCAACAUUGUAAUUACAGAUUGCCCCUAUCAAUUUUUCUUUCUUUGUAAAUUUAGCUCAGUUAGAUAUUUUGUUUGCCUGGAAGAAUGUAGCUCUAGUGUUUUAUCUUUCUGCAGAAGAUUCAUUCCAAGGAAUGGACGAGUCCUCACUAAUUGAAUAGAUUCAUUCCAUUUCCGUCUACA